AUGCCAAGCGGGCUGCGUCGGAGGACGCCGCGGGAUGGCGGGGCGCUCGGUGGUGCCAACGUUGGUGAGGGGCCGCCAGGCGGCAACCUCGUCAAGCGCGGCUCAAGUGGAAUGCUGGAUAGCAAGAAGACAGAAGUACAAGAAGAAGAUCGUGGCAGUACAUCCUACAAAGCGAGCACCAAAGAGGAUGUGAAGUCCAGCAGCACACUUUCUUCGUUAAAUCACGAGGAUCGCUUCCGCAAUUGGUUUAAGCAACAGGUAGCGGUUUUUGACUUCGUUUCCUGGGUGGGUGAGCUCCUCCUAUUGGCGCUGCCAACCCUGGCGCACAACCUCGGGCAUGUUUCGGGCUGCAACCCAUCAUCAUCAGCAGCAGGUGUUGGACAGGACCGCAGAGCGACCUGCCCAGCCGGAUGUGAGCCAACUUUUGUGGCGGAUGCAGAGGCGCUCGCGAGUUUCCCUUGCGAUGGCUCCACCUUCGCGAAGCUGCUGCACACAAUAAGGCAAGACCGGAGUUUUAACCACUUCCAAGUGUUGCUGAUGUGUGGGACAGGGUGGCGGCCAUAUCUUCACCCGUGGUCUCCUUCCGGCAGACCCUCUGCCUUCCCCGCGGUAUUUCGGGGCACCCUCAUCCAGUCACCCUAG